UGUUAUCAGAAACAAACAGACCCCCUACGUCGCGAGGUUCAAGGUCAAAGCUGGGACGGCCUGCUCAGAUCCCCACAGCUUAGCCAGACGUCUCGGGGGACUUCAGAAGGUCUUGGCGCACAUGGACUGUGAGCUGGAAACAGCAUCCCUGUAAGGCCAUACUGGUUUCUUCGACAAGGCUCUCCAGAAGAGGGCAGCGUGACACCAAGCCCAACUCCCAUCCCAUCAGGUCCUCGUGCUGUGAGUGCCAUCAGGAUCACACCUCUGUCAACCAUGAAAGGAUCCCCUGACCUGAUUCCUGCUGCGGGCCUAGACCCCAGCAGGGUGUGCAAAGGAAAAGGAGUAGUGACACUGAGGGCCACCCUGGUCCACUUAGAUGAUGAAGCCAGCGGCAGCGCGGAGCCAAGCGUCAUCACAACACCAAGAGACUUCACAAGUGAAAUGAAUGGAGGAUUGGCUGAGGGAGGUGACAACAUCACAGCUGAUUUCCCUCCUGUGAACAACACCCACCGCCAGGCCAGUUCACCAGAAAGCAUAAAAGAGAACCAGGCGCCGACAUCAUGUGACAAUCAAAAUUGUUUACCGUCACCCCCCAGCUCCAUCUACCCAUGCACUAGCACGGUUAAUCCCACAAUAGUUCUGCUGCAACACAACAGAGAGCAGAAAAAACAUCUUUCUCAUUUGAAAGACCCCACCCCAGAAAGGGACAAAAGCCCUGAUCCUGGGAGAGACUUGGUCAGUCCGGUUGCGGACAUGGACGGGAAAAGGCUGCGACUGUCGCUGCACUCCCCCGUCCUCAGUCCACUCAACAGGCCUAUUGUGCCAGUGCGGAACCCCGAAAAGUCCAAAGACUGGUACAAGACAAUGUUCAAGCAGAUUCACAAGAUACCUGAGCCUAUUGAAGAAAACCCAUACCGCCCCACCUACAUUUUCCCUGACAACUAUGACAUUCAGAUGAAAUGGAAAGAGAAUGGUCCAAACCCCUUUGGCUACUUGGAUGAUGUGAAAGGAGUACCACGAUCUCAAAGCGAUGCAGAGGUUUGCUCAAGAGCGAGGUCAGUGCCAGUGCCAACACGGUCGUCAUCACUCAAACCCUCUAAUAAGAGAAAUGAGUGGGAGCCCCCAGAUAAAAAGGUAGACACCAGGAAGUACCGCGCCGAGCCCAAGAGCAUCUUCGAGUACGAGCCGGGGAAAUCGUCAGUCCUGAAGCUGGAGAGAACGACUCUGGAUGUAUGUGCGGAAGAUGUAGAUUUAGAGAAUGAGCCAUGGUAUAGAUUCUUUUCAGAGAUGGAGUUUGACAAAGCGAGUGCCCCCUCCUUCAGCCCCCUGGAAACAGCCUCCGACCUGCAGAAGUACUCCUCGAGCAAGUCUGGGCACAGCGAGGUGGAGACGGACGGAGGAUCAUCCACAAACGAGCCCGCGGCUCCAGAAUGCGACCGUCAUGUUUACAAGAGCGUUCUAGAAGGUGGUGACAUUCCCUUACAAGGUCUGCGAGCCCUAAACAAGCGGCAUGGCAGCUCAUCCUCCUCAAAAGUGGAUUAUAAAGGUGGGAAUGGCUGUAUAGAUUCACCCUGCUCCUCUAUAAAUAGUCGAUCUGUUCUUGCCAGUAAUGCAGUAGCUAACCACUGUAAGAAUAAGAAGCCUCUUUCUGCUGCCAAAGCCUGCAUACCCCAAAUCCUGCCCUCUAAAUUCAAGCCCAAGCUGCUGCCACCUGGUGGUGACGUCCAGGAAAGCAGGACACGACCUGUGAGGCACCCAAAGGCGCACAGCUGUGAGGAUCUGUACACAAGUACAUGCGAUCGUGACAGAGCUGGAGCAGAGAAGAGAGAGCUGGGCCAGUAUUCAGACUGCUGUGCUGAUGGCCUCAGGGACGUUUGCCCUGCAAUUAGGAGGAGCGCGUCAGAGUUUUCCAGCCUGUACAAGAUCAUGCAUCACAUUCAGCGGCCCAGCUCAGUGGGCAGCAGCCCCCAAGGCAGCGUCCACAGCCUGGCCUCUUUCUUUGAAGGAGGAAAGGCUGAUGGGGGUGAAAAGUCAGAGGCCAACGACGGGGGCAACAUUCCACGGGACACCGUGUCGUCACGAGUAACUGAGUUUGAAAUGAUCAUUCAGCAGUCCAGUUUGACACCCAGUCGCUCCUCCUCUCUGCCCACUCUGAACUCCAGCCACAGCCAUAGCCCGCAACACUGCGCUUCCCUCUAUAUGCCCUCUGCUAUGUCAGCUGAGAGUCUUUUGGUGGCCAACACCACCCAGACAGAUGCCUGCUCCCCCGUGGAGGCAGGUGGCAAGGAAACAGUUGAUGAGACCUUGCUACCAGACUCUCAGACUGUGCAGCAGGCAGCCUCCUCCUCAGAGGAUGGAGGCCAGGUUAGGGCUGAGUCUGCUUCUUCCACUGACCCUGAGGUCGAACAGAUCUUCAAAAAGAGCUCCCCAGAGCACAUCCACUCUGCUCUCAUUGGAACAAAGACUCCCUCCACCCUGCCUCCAAUGUCUUUCCCUUUACACCACCACCACCACUUGCACCACCUGAACCCCCAGCACUUCCCCCUUAAGCCUACCAAAUGCAAAGGGUCCUGCCCAGCUUCCUACACCCGCUUCACUACCAUUCUCAGGCAUGAGAGACAGCAGGCCACAGCACAGCAGGAGAAACCACUAGCACCACCAGAGAAGAAGACCAUGCUACCUGGAAACCUCCUACUCAUGGGACCCGCCCCUUUCAGGUUACGGAAGAGCCAUCACUCCCAGCAGCCUCGGAGGACGCUGUCAGCUACUAAGGUGAAAACAGGCAACGGGAGGCCCCCCAGCACGUCUCCUGAGCUCAGACCUCUCAUACCUCAGCGUCUGUCCUCCCUGGAGGUCCUGGAAAGGCUGAGUAACAGGGAGGGAGACAACUCUGAGCAGCUGAGUAACGGACAGGGCUUGGACGCCAACGGGAACCUUCUGCAGCCGCUGGCAGCUCACCACAGAGACUCAUCCCCAGCACACGGAGAUAGCCAGGAUGAAGUGCUGAGGAGGCGACAUGGCGACAAGGAGAAAAUCUUGGAGGAGCAGCGGCGACUGAAGCGGGAACAGGAAGAGGCUGACAUAGCGUCGAGGCGACACACUGGCAUCGUCCCAACACACCACCAGUUCAUCACCAACGAGCGCUUUGGAGACCUGCUCAACAUCACAGAUAACACAGAGAAACGGAAGUCAGGCAUUGAGAGAACUCCAGCGAUGGCACGCUUUGACUUCAGAGCUGAAACUCUAAAGGAAUUACCAUUUCAUAAGGGGGACAUCGUUUACAUUAUUAGACAAGUGGAUCAGAACUGGUAUGAAGGGGAACAUCAUGGAAGAGUUGGGAUUUUCCCUCGAAGCUACGUUGAGCUCCUGCCCCCUACAGAGAAAGCACAGCCUAAGAAAAGUGUGCCAGUGCAGGUGUUGGAGUACGGAGAUGCUGUGGCCCGCUUUAACUUCACAGGAGACACGGUGGUGGAGAUGUCUUUCAGAAAGGGAGAAAGGAUCACGCUGAUUCGUAGAGUUGAUGAGAACUGGUAUGAAGGCAAAAUCUCAGGCACAAAUCGCCAAGGCAUCUUCCCUGUCACCUAUGUCGAAGUGCACAAACGACCACGUGUCAAAAAUGGCGUUGAUUACCCCGACCCUCCUGUCUGCUCCUCGCCACAGCGCAGCACCAAUGCUUCCCCUCAGUUGUAUCGUAAUCGCCUGACCACUUCGCCCCUGCCCCUCCCGCGCUCCCCCUGCCGCUCCGUGUCACCCGAGGUCCAUGCUGUCUCCUCUGAAUGGAUCUCGCUGACCGUGGGAGGUGGAAGCCCACCUGCCGCCCCAACACCUCCAUUGCCACCGCUGCCCACUGUGUCAUACCGCUGCGGCGAGUACUUGCCCCCACCUUUCUCUGUCAGCCCUGUGCCUCCCAUCACCGGCAGUCCCUACUGGAUUUCUCCCAUGGCCUCCCCAUCUGCCUCCCCUCUGCCCCCGCCGUACCCACCCAGACCCAACUCCGCCACUCCUUUCCUCACUUUCACCCCUCCUCAGGGAGGGGACUUCCUGCUUUCCCCACCCUCGCCACACCUGUCAUGUAGCAUGAGCCCCAGUGGUGGGCCGGUGCUGGAAGGCUGGCUUAGGGCUGAGAAGGAGUUGACAGAGGGGGAAGGCGCAGAGGGGGAUGGGGGCAGUGGCCGUGCCGCCCCUGGGAAAAGACAAAAUAGCCCUGCAGAGCUUGUGCGGAAUGACAUUGAUCAUCAUGGACGCAACUCCAGAAGCCCUGUGAUGUUCUUUGACAUCCAUGAUAACAACAAUGUGAACUCAUUUGCCCAACCCCAGUCCCACAGCAGCAGCCCAGAGCCCAACCGUCUCAACUGUGGAAUUUUCCAGGCUCUGUACAGUUACGCACCGCAAAAUGAAGACGAGCUGGAGCUGCAGGAGGGAGAUCUCGUCAGCGUCAUGGAGAAGUGUGAUGACGGCUGGUUUGUCGGUACCUCAAAGAGGACAAAACAGUUUGGGACUUUCCCUGGGAAUUACGUGAAGGAGGCGAAACUGUAAAGUGGAUGAACCUCAACUGUAACACAGGACUGCCUGUCAAGCUUUGGAAGUUUUUUCAAUCACGCAUGGCUGUGGGUUAGAGUAGUCAUUUGGCCAAUCCGUUUGUCUGGCAAAGCGAUUGGAUCAUUCUGAGGAAGACGAACUUGCACAUUGAGGGACAGUUAUGUGCUCCGUUCACCUUAUUAACACAAACCAGGAUGUUCUUUGGGAGAAUCUACCCCAAAGUAGCUUUGAUCCUGCACAUAAAAGCUUCCAUUCUGUCCAUGACACGAGAUGUGUUUAUGUAGCACCUCAGUGUGAGUCCAGCAGCACAGCAGAUCAUGAAUGAAAGGUCACAUGUUAUAACCUGAACUGGAUUUGGGGGUGUCAAAAUGUAUGUCUAUGUGAUGUUAGGUUAGAUCCGCUGAGUAGCAGAGUAGCCAAGCACAAUACAAACAAUGCAAAUCUCAAAUUCAUUUUUGCGUCUAAAUACACUUGCAGAUACAGUGGAUCCCCGCACAUUUGCGGUUUUCUGCAGAAAACGCAUCUCUUUCACCAUAAAGCUGUAAUAAUUUAGAAAUAUGUGAUAAUACAGAUAAGAUGUACAGCAUACAUGUACUAUUGUUAGAAAGCACAAAAUUUUAAAAUGUUUAUGCCUUUAUGCUUCACUGAUAAAUAGUUAAUAAUGUCACAAUUAACUAACUAAGUAAUUUAAUCACAAUUCGAAGUUAAACUUAAAUUUUGUUUGACCCAUAUAAGAGGAUUGGCGUACACGGCUUACACUCACCGCUGUCUGGUAUUGACAUUGGAGUUGUGUAGUUAUUAUAGGCUAUACAUUCAGUGAUAGCUCAUGUUAGUAGCUAAACUUUGACAAAUCCCUACUGUUAGCCAACAAUAAACAUGGCUAAUAUGCGCGCGUGUGUGUUCCCUGGGACGUGGCUUGCAGAUUUGGAGUUGGAAGUGGGUGGAAUAUACAGCUUUUGAGGGUUAGCGCCCCCUUACAGUACCUAACCAAAGCACCUUUAAUGUGUUAAAUCGUAAAUCGUUACUGGAAUUACACCAGGCAAGCAGUGUGGAUUAUGUAGAGCCUAGCCUGCCAGCCUCGAGCGCUAGCCUGACGACCAGGCUAAAGGCUACACCGUGACUCCGAUUCCAUCUGUUCUUCCAUCAUUUUACAUUAUCAUUCAUUAGUGGUGAGUAGUAUAACAUACUACAAGUAUAACAUGUACUUCUACAUGUUAUACUUUAAAUGCGUUUAAUAAGUGUGUGAGGCAUAUUUAAGACUUAAACCUGGAUUGUGUCAGGAGUGAACAAUGGCAAUUGAAGAGAGUAGGGGAGGGUUCUGGAGCUGAAUGUUUUAUUGCAAAAGCUAAUCCAAAAUCGGAGGAAAACAUCAAUGUCAAGCCAGCCGGAGGUUUUGGAGGGGGAGGAGCAAGCCGUGUGUCAAAAGUACACAUUUUAUGGGCGUAUCAUUUACUUCCCGUCCCUGGAACUUUUUGCGGGGAUCUACUGUAUAUCCCUUAUCGCUUAAAACACUUAGAAAUUCUAUGACUUGAUCGUUGUGCUUUUCUUUUGCGGUAUUAUAAGGAAAAACACACGCAACUCAAAAAGCCUUCAGCGCCGUUUCAGUAUUGGCUGCGAGUUAAUUGCAAAGGAUGUUAUCACACAUCAUGUGCUCAUUCACGUGUUCCGUUGCAAGCGCAUGUUGGGCAGUGAUAAAUGUCUAAGAAUAGUGGCAAGAAAACAGUGUAAAUAAUAACGCACUAUUUAUUUAUCAUUUUAUACUUCUUGUUCCACGUUUGCUGGCACAUAAUGCCUCAAAGGAAGGUGGUGGUUGACGUCACGCUCCAGCGCAACCACAGAACAGGCGUGGCAGCACUUAACUUCCUGCUUGGUCAUUUAGGGAGAUUCCACCUAACCCAAAACACAGGAUUAAUCAUUGACCCUUUUGUAGCCGACAAUGUGUCUUAGAAAAUAAUGAUUUUAAAGCGUCAUGAGAUUCAAAUUACGCCCUGACUGAUGGGAUUGUAUGUUCCAGAUUUGUACAUGUGUACAGCAACUUAAGAGGCCUUUGCAUAUUUUCAUAAACAAUGACUACAACUUUACCACAUGAUUAAAGUACAGCAAUCCCUCGCCACGUCGCGCUUCCAAUUGCACAGUUUUUCAAAAAUAUAUUAAUUGAUAAAUCAUGCUGUUUUGUGGUUGCAUACAACCUUUUAUUAAUGCAAUGUAGACAAAUUUUAUGUUUUUAUUAUUUGCCUAAAUGAAGGAUUUUCAAGCAUAAAAAUGACCAAAUGAAUGAUUAAUACAAAUACAAGGCAUUUAGAAGAUGCAUUCAAAGACGUUGUGGUGAUAUGUAGUAGGUCCUACACUGGUCACUAGGUGUCAGUAAUGUUACUGUAAUGUUCGGUGAGACACACAAGCGCCAAACUUGAUCUGCGGAACAACAGGCUUUUAUUGCAGGUUUGAAUGAUCUCACAACAGGCACAAUAAUCCCCAAGAAAAACACAUGCCUUAAAUUGAUUAUGUCUACCAUAUUGGGUAAUAUGAGUGUAAAGGUGACUAUAGGGGUGUUUUUUCACAUGUAGACGGCUCUAAUAACGUUAAAAAUAUUAUUUAGAAGGUCGGAAACAGGUUUUCUAUGCUCUAACUACAAAGAUAUUGGAUUUAUAAUAACGGAAUCCUACUUUGCCUGAAUUCACUUUUCACAGUCUGGUCUGGAGCCAUGCACACUGGCCUGGCUCAAUCCAGCAACUGCACAUCACCACCGAAUGAGAGCCGAGCGUGCAAGCCAGUAGGCUAAAAGCCCAGGCAUGCAACCCACUGACCAGUGCGGCUCUUAAGCUGUCGGGGAGCACAGCUUCACGAGCACGAGUGCCACAUGCACUACGAAAUUCCAUCCAUCCAUCUUCUAUACCGCUUCUUCCUCACUACGAAAUUGACAAUUCAAAUCAAAAACAUCCGAAAGCCUCAAUAUUUCACUCCGCAUAGACUUUCCACGUGUACACCACAGUCCAAUUAAAGAACGAUGCCCAUUUGUUAGGCAAAUUCCCCAUUGUCAUUCAUCCCUCAACAACGUGUGCAUAAAUAGGUUGAAUUCAUUCUUAGGGAGUCCUUGUUGCUCCAGAGAUAUGUAGGGCAGUUGCAAAGGAACCUGUAUUUAACUAUAUUUACAAUGUCAAUUCUCAGUGAGGGUUUUACAAGCAGGAAGUACAAGAAAUAUUUAAUCAAGCAUUGCCAGACUAUCAGUAGCCUUUCAGUAUAAUUGUACAAAAUGAAGUAUUGAAGGACACGUUCGAACACACUCGAUCCAAGAUGUGUUGCAUCACAGCUUAUUAUUGACAUUUGUGCAGUGAGCGCCGUGUGGUUUGAGCAUCGUCCUCACUCAGGUUUGCUUUGUGUUUCUUCCUGACAUACAGUAUAUCACAAUGAAUACAAAAGAGUGUGUUAUGAGUGUGCCUGUAUCGCAUCACUAGUCACAUCACAAAAGCAUGUUUUGCUUUCCACCGCUGGCCAAACAGUCUGAUAGGUCCUCAUGUAACCUGAGCUCCUGGUGUACGGUAUGUUUUUGUUUGGUUUUGAGUCAGCUGACAGAACUACAGGGACGGGGCUCUUUGUAAAAGACACUGAACUCUCAAUAAGUUGCUUGUGUCAUAAGUGCGCGUCACAGGAUGUAUGAAUGUAUGAUGUUUGAAUGUGUCGAAAGGUCAUCUGCAGCAUUAGAGGGAUUGUAAAUAUGUAAAAUAAGAAUAAAUAGACUGCAUGUGAUGGGAGCGUCAGAUGGAGCUUUCAGUCACUUGCAGAGUUUUAUCUACCUGAAGGAUUUUGUCACAGCGUGGAGCGUUACUGAGCACGGGAAGUUUGAUGCAUAUGAACAUUACGCUGCCAUUUGUGAGCUCAUAAUGCCUUAUGUUUGAUGCUAAAUUGUGCCUCAUUUUCAUUCAUGUUUUGUUUUUUUUUUCCUGAAAUGUAUCAGUGACAUAUUUAAUGUAACCGGGGUUUCCUCAUUUAGUUCUAGCCGCUUGUGAUGGGACUACACUCGCCGGGAACUUGUCAAUGACGAGUAUCUAAAGUGUGGCGUCGUGCGUCAAUGUCAUGACUAAUAAUGUUGAAGGUUGAAUUAGUUUGAGACGCACCACCUGCAACUCGUUUGGUUUGUUUGCUUCAAUUUGCAGUGUUGUUACCAUGACAAUAUCAAAAUAAAGAUGCUAUACACUG